AACACGAACGAAUACACUCUCGGGAGGACUGGCCGGUCGUUUCAUGCAGCGCAGAGGUUGGCUCUUGGCUUUCGAGCGUUCUUCCGAGCUCAGAGAUUGCAGCGAAGAGCUUGGACAGCUCCUGCAGCCGAUUCAACAGCUGGACCUCGUGGAAGAAGCUGAUGCAACACCCCCAUGGCGAGUCUGGUGCACUAUCUAGAGCAGGAUGACUUUGAUGUCGAUUGCUUCGUGGAACGCCUGGCCCGUCAAGCGAUGGCCGGCGGAACUCCUGAGAGCGGCGAGGACGCGGAAGUCCUCCGGUCUUCAUUCGAGCAAACCAUCCGAGAUCUGGCUCUCGAAUACGAGCAUCAGGAGCGACGAGCCCAACUCUUUCAAAAGAAAUGUGAGAAGGCAGAAACGGAGCUACACGAACAGGUUAGAGGUAUUCUCGCCCAUCAGCAAGCGGCUCGUGUCAACUAUAAACAAGCUCGCCGUCAGAUGAAUCACAUCGUGGCAAAGACAACGCACCUAGGGGACAUGCUCGAAGCUCACGAUGUCCCUAGAAGUAGACUUAUGGAGACUGCAUCCCUAAUCGAGCAAUUCCAGAACGUAAUGUCGAAUGGAUUGCGUCCGAACUCGAAUAUCGGCAGCAGAACAGUGGAUACCGAAUAUGCUCAGAAGAUUCUUAAGCUUCAUCUUGCCGCCAGUGAGCUUCUCUCGAAUCGGUACGACGAUGCCAAGCAGAAAAUCGCCAGAGAAUACUCAGAGGUUGAAGCAAGUCUGCUGGCUGAAAUGUCGAUAGCUCAGAGAAAAGGAAAUAUUGACCAACUUCGAGAAAUCGUCACCCUGAUGUCAAACUUCUGUGGAUACUCAGCGUGUGUAGACCAAUUUAUUCUAAAUGCGCAAAAAAAAGCUUUCACCUAUCCGGACGUAUUCAUGACCGUGGUGACCUUAUGCAAGAAAGUGUCUCGAGUUGUGCAACAGGUUUUCCCGUACCCGGAAAUCGUGACAGGGAAAUUUGUCGAUCAUGUGCUGAGAAACCGCGUGAAUGAUUACAUUAAGUCCCAACUCAAGAUAGAAGAAGUAGCUCCCGUGACAACGAAACAAGUAUAUCUCACACGCAUCGCACAGCUAUACACCAAGGCUGCGAACGUUUGCCAUGAGCUCCGAGAAAUCCCAACGGACAGUGCGACGAGGAACAAUCUUCCGAGUAUACCGCGAGAACUUCUGCAGCCUUACCUCAGGAACUACUCGGCCUUGGAGCGACACUGCAUGAAAAUACGUUUGGACACUCUGAUCUCCGCCUAUUACCAGUCCGUCGGGCAUCAACGGAAAGUCACGGUCACUUCACCGCUUCGGAACAAAUACUCAGUCAUGCGUCGAGACAUCCAGUCGAAAAUAAAUCCCAAAGCUGCGACUCUAAUCAACGUAGCGCCUUCAGUGAAAGACUACGGAGGCGAAACAUUCAUCUGCGAAGCUCUAGCUGCCAACACUCUUCAGGAGCUCCGCGAAGCGUUCCAACGCAUUUCAAUCAUCCUCCGCGAUCCGGCGAGAAGCCGUCUCGUUUUGAACAUUUGGGAUGUUUUCCUCUCGAAGUUUGUGGAGGACCAUCUUCUGUACGGCGUCCACCUGGGCAUCAAAACAAUACCGGUCUGCCAGGAUCUGACGCAAGAGCCAAAGCAGGACUUUCUGCGCAGUGUUUAUCACACCAAUGCCAUAUUCUACCUGAUCGAAGAUCUCUACACGGAAAAAGUGGUUCCUCUCCUAAGUUGUCCGGUAGCGAGGCAGAGAGCCCUUCAAACUAAAAUAACUUACCAAACCCCAUUGGAGGAUGUGAUCAGAGUCGGCGUGAAAAGAUCGGUCAAGGCCUAUGCUAACUGGAUCGGGGCAUUGCUCGAUAGACAGAAGGCAGCUGAUUUCCUCUAUUCGCACAUGACGCCGACGGCCACCAAAGUUGUACAGUUCUGUAAAAAAUGCUUGAAAUCAUUCGAUGAGUUCCUCGAUGGUCAGAACAGAUUGAAUGUCAAGAUGGAAUUCGGCCGGCGUUUCCACAAAGCGAUAUUACGCAACAUUCGUCGCUUCCAUUACUCGCAGGAAGCGGGUAUGGGUCUGCUAUGUGACGUCAUGGAAUACAAAGCACUAAUGACCUCGAAUGAAUUGCCAAUGCUUAACUUAAUUUUCCGUCACCUACACACACUGUGUACAUUACUCGUGGAGCCGCCAGAGAGACUUCUCCCUAUUAUCGAGCAAGAGCUCCUGAAUAAGCUCGAUAAUCAAAUUGUGAGGGAGUUCGUCCAACUCCGCCAAGAUUGUAAAUCGAACAAGCUGCUCGCCAUUCUUUUCCAUGACAGUGGUCCAUAACCAGAGGAGGGGCCGGGGGAAACCUCGAGCCCCGUGACGUCGACGGCGCCGAAAUUCGGCAUCGUCAAGUAUAAUGUAUCUUGGAGCGGUUGUUUCUCUGGCUGUUACUCGGAAACUGCUGUAGUCAACUCCUUGGUGCCUCUCGAGAGAGCCUCGGUGCGCUUACGGCAACCGAGCUUUCGACUCAAGAAUGUGCAAUAUGCGACCAGUCAAACGACAAGCUUCUAGAUGGAUUCGCCAUUCCCGGGACCACCCUUCAGGGGGCUGCACGGAUGCCGCCCCGAUAAGCGCUGAUAAACUAGAGAACGGAAAUCAUUCCCUCGGUGUUUUCAUCCAGGUUCCGAUGAGGACGGCGUUCCAAUCUUUGCCAAAGUUACAUGAUUCCGCUCGAAUACGAGCGCCAUGAGACUCAAUUGGAACUUCUUCGGCCGAUAGAGGAUCUCCCUGAGCUGUGAUAAA